UCGGAGCGAUGGUGACGCUGGAGGUGUGCCCGCUGGACUGGCGCGCGCUGCGGGGUCUCCUGCGGGAGCGCGGCGCGCCGUGCCUGCUGCUGGACUGCCGCUCGUUCUUCGCCUACAGCGCGGCGCACGUGGUGGGGUCGGUGCACGUGCGGCUGAGCGGCCUGCUGCGGCGCCGCGCCAAGGGGGCCGUGGGCCUCCACCACGUGGUGCCCAGCCCGGACCUGCGGGCCCGCCUGCUGGGCGGCGCCUACCGGGCCGUCGUGCUGCUCGACGACCGCGGGAAGGACCCCGCCCGCGGGGCCCAGGCCGACAGCACGCUCGGCCUGGCCGCCAGGGCCCUGGCCCAAGAAGCCCGGGACGCGCCGCUCUCCGUCCUCAAAGGUGGCUUCGAAGCCUUCGCGGCGGCCUGCCCGGAGCUCUGCACCAAGCCGGCCACCCCCUUGGCUCUCACCCUGCCCCUCAGCGCCGACGGCCCUGGCAGUGCCAGCCCUACCCACAGCCCCUGCGGCACCCCUCUCUGCGACCAGGGUGGUCCCGUGGAGAUCCUCCCCUUUCUCUACUUGGGCAGUGCCUACCAUGCUUCCAGGAAGGACAUGUUGGAUGCUCUGGGCAUCACAGCCCUCAUCAACGUCUCGGCAAACUGCCCGGACCACUUUGAGGAUCAUUAUCAGUACAAAAGGAUCCCUGUGGAGGACAGCCAUAAAGCUGACAUAAGCUCCUGGUUCAAUGAAGCCAUUGACUUCAUAGACUCGGUGAAGAAUGCCGGAGGACGAGUGUUUGUCCACUGCCAGGCAGGCAUCUCCCGCUCCGCCACCAUCUGCCUCGCCUACCUCAUGAGGACCAAUCGGGUCAAACUGGACGAGGCCUUCGAGUUCGUGAAGCAGAGGCGAAGCAUCAUCUCCCCCAACUUCAGCUUCAUGGGGCAGUUGCUGCAGUUCGAAUCCCAGGUUCUGGCCCCCCACUGCUCCGCCGAAGUCGGAAGUCCCGCCUUGGCCGUGCUAGACCGAGGGGCUAACACCACCACCGUCUUUAACUUUCCGGUCUCCAUCCCCGUCCACCCGGCGGCCACGGCUCUAAGCUACCUUCAGAGUCCGAUCACUACUUCCCCCAGCUGCUGAGGGGCCUGGCAGUCGUUUCAAACCCCUCCAGGGCUUGAGACUCGUGUCUGUCCGAGACAGAGUGCAAUAACUUUGGAAGGUGUGAUCCUCGAUAGCCUUCGGCGUUCCGCCCGGCCCUGCGCUUGGGGCUUCUGAACCACAUUGUAAUAUGUCGUGGGAGAUGCGGACUGACGAGACGUCGGACAGUGGGCAUCUCUCACGUCGACUAAAACUGCUAGUGGGUGUGGGACCAGUGUUGGCUGGCAUACCACGGGGUAUGGAGAAGGGACCCAGAGGAUGCAAAGACACUGCUCACCUGGUGAGCUCUUCCCUUUUGUCUUCUACCUUUCCUACCCACCUCCGCCGCCCCUCUACCCUUAAGAAACCCGCUCCUUACGUUCGACAAACCUGCCUCCAUUGACAUUCCUGGACAUUCUAGAGGCGGGUUCUUCCUUCCUUAAUGGCUUUUAUAUAUGUAAUAAGGAAAAACUUCCAUUAUUUAUUUUUUGUGUAAAUAUAUUCUGCCUUUACCAGCCUCUCUCCACCCCUAGAUGAACCGAAUACCUCAGUUGUUUUUUUUUUUCUUUUGAGUACUGCGAUCCUGUAAACACAGCUUAAACCCAUACUCUCCAUGCUGACGGAAAAGCACCUGGCGAGAGGGCUUUGAGUGGUCAACAGUUGUAUGUUUGAUUAUUUAUGAUCUGAAAUAAUAUAUUUCUUCUAACAAGAAGACAUUUUGUUACAUAACUGACUUUUUUUUUAUACAAGCAGAAUAAAUUAUGACAUUUCUACUGCUA